AUGUCCCUCAAACGCAAAGCGUCCGAGCUCCCAGUUUCUGACUCCAAGAAGCCCAAGGCCAACGCCUCAAUCACAUCCUUCUUCUCCGCGCCAAAGGUAGCUGCUUCCUCGGCUACAAAGGCCUCUAUCUCUGCCCCCGCGGUUGCGUUCGACAAGGAAGCAUGGGUGAAAACAUUAACAGCCGAGCAGAAAGAGCUGUUGAAAUUGGAGAUUGACACCCUGCAUGACAGCUGGUUGAAGGAGCUGAAGGGCGAGAUUACAAGCAAAGAGUUCUUAGAACUGAAGCGGUUUUUGAAACGCGAGCUUGAGAGUGGGAAGAAGAUAUUCCCGCCGUUGGAGGAUGUAUACUCUUGGUCAAGACACACUCCCCUCAACACCGUCAAAGCCGUAAUCCUCGGCCAAGACCCGUACCACAACUUCAACCAAGCCCAUGGCCUCUCCUUCUCCGUCCGGCCACCCACCCCCGCCCCGCCGUCCCUAAAAAAUAUCUAUAUUGCCCUCAAAAAGGACUAUCCUAGUUUCUCUCCCCCGCCUAAGAACGGCGGCCUUCUGACUCCCUGGGCCGACCGCGGUGUACUGAUGCUCAACGCCUGCUUAACGGUACGCGCCCACGAGGCCAACUCGCACGCGAAUCGCGGCUGGGAGAAGUUCACGCAGAAGGUGAUUGACACCGUGGCGGCGAAGCGGACGAGAGGGGUGGCAUUCCUGGCCUGGGGUUCCCCGGCCGGGAAGAGGGUGGGAAAGGUCGAUAAGUCGAGGCAUCUUGUGCUGCAGAGCGUUCAUCCGAGUCCACUGAGUGCAAGUCGUGGCUGGUUUGACUGUGGGCAUUUUAAGAAGACGAAUGAGUGGCUGGAGGCGCGGCAUGGUGCGGGUGCGGGGAUUGAUUGGAACCUAGACGUCGAUCCUGCUAAGGCUGAGGUUUGA